GCCGGGGCACGCCCCCUCUUGUGCUCAUUCCUUUCCUUCGGUGGAGAGUUGGGUGGUGGGGACUGGCUGGCCUGUGAGAGCAGGUGUCGGGGUGCCUGGAGAAUCGGGGCCCAGGUACCGGGGCGGCGGGGCUGUGGGGAAAGGAGCUUUGGGGAGGAGCUGCUGACGCUUCCUGCUGGCACUGCUUGCUUGGGAGCUGGGUGGAGGCAGGGCAGGGCAGUUCCAGGUUCUGCCAGGAAAGUCACCUUGGGCUGGGGCAGGAGGCUUGGAGCCUCUGGCCGUUACUGUUUGUCGGAGCAGGAGGGUGAGCCCUAUGGACUGGUACCAUGGCCCCAGGUCUGGGCAAAGAAUGGAAAUAAGGACAGUGCCACUAGGGCCUCCUGUCUGUGCAGGAAGGGCCCUGAGACAGCUCUUCAAGCCCCUUUCCCAUUAUACGGAUGGUGCAGAUGGGGACACUGAGGUACAGAGAGACAGUUAGUUGUCCUCAGAACUGGAUCCAGAACCUGGUCUCCUGACAUGGCCCCCAGUGCAGCACCACAUGUGGCUUCUGAAUUCCCAGUCUGGGAUUGAGGAAGCUCUGGUCCUUGGGGGACCACCAUGCUCUUUUGGGAUUAUCAACUUGGUAGGGACCCUCUGGUUCCAAGGCUGUGCCUUUGUGGCCCUCUGCUGGCAUCUACUGUCCCUUUAGUGGGUCCUACCACCCUUUUCUCCUGAGCCUGGACAACUUCUUCCCUUGACCUCAGGAGCCCACAGCCAGCUGAAGCAGCUAGAACCAACCAGCAGGGGAGGUGCGCUCCAGGGGGGCUUCUUGGAGGAGGCAGUAUUGGAGUCAGACUUGAAGUGUGGGACGUGGAGUUGGGUGAUAGGGAUGUUUCUCCAGCAGAGACACUGGGCAAGCCUCUUCUUCAGCCCCCAAAAAAGGGGCUGCAGGGUGGUCUCCCUGUAAGAGGGCGGGACUCUGCUGUCUGUCAGGCCCUUCCUGGCCCUCUGAGCACAGGAGAGGCCCUGGCUCCAUCUGCAUCUUGCUGCCCUGACUUUCUCCCACCUCUAGGUGCUAGUCUGGGGCAGAAGUAGGGUGAAGGGGCGGGUCCAGCCUCCUUGAUGACUCAGUUGGGGUUGAAGGUGGGAGCUACCCCUAUUCUGGGCCUGUUGCUGUCUCUGAAGUCAGGGGUCAGCCUCACACUGAACUCUCUGCCAGAAGUCCGGAUCAUAAGCAUGAGCUCCAGCAAGUCCACUUGAGUGAACCCCGCUGAUCCUGCCUGCAGGGGUACAGGCCUGGGGCCUGCCAGCCGUCCCCACUGUCCGUGGGGUGUUUUGGGUUGGAGAUUCCAUGUCCUGAAGCAGGAGGGCCCUCCCCAUGCCACCUCCUCUGCCCAGCCUCUUAGGGACAGUGCCUGGGAUGCCCUGGCAGGAGUAGGGGCUGGGGCGUGCUUCCAGACCAUAGCUGGCCUGGGCAUAAAGGCAUCUGCUGUGGCGCUGCAACGAAAGCCAGGCUGUGCUCUGUGCUUGUGUCAGGGCACCCUUGGCAGUGGCCACCCCACAGGUGUCUUUUUAUUCCCUCCUGCUGCUGAGUGUCACCCGUGGGGCUGAGGGCCUGCACGCCUUCCCUGCCUCAUCCUCUCUGAGGUUUCACGCCCUACUAAGGCCGGCAGGACAGGAGCCAUGCUCCCCUGGGGUGGCUCUGGAACGUGGGCCCCGUGCAUAGGCUAUGUGAUCUGCCCACGCCCUUGCUGCCUGCCACCCGGGCACCCAGGACUUGAGCCCAGACCCUGGCCACCCAGUUGUCUGUGGGAGUAUUAGGGGAAGAUGCCACUAAACUGGCAGGUCCUGGAGUUCCACCCAGGAUGGGGACAUGGAGGAGGGAAGAGGAGGUGCCCCUCAGAGCCUGAGGCCAGGGCCAAGUGCGGUGAUCAGGACCCCUCCAGGAGGGUCCCGGGUGCGGAUGGCCAGUUGGGCGCACGCUCAUUGGGCCUGCAUCCGUUGGCCAUGGAGGCUCUUUGGGACAAGCAAAUAGAAUGCUCCAGAAAUAAACUUGGCCCAAGUUUGUGACGGUUCUGGGUAUGAAAGAAAGCAGUGUUUCCCAAGUGCCUGCUGUGUGUGAGGCUCCGUGCUGGGGCGGGUGCAUGUGUGUGUUGGGGGUGUGGACAGGAGGGGUGGGAAAGGCCCGUGACAUUUCCUCUCGUGGUUUCCACGAACCCAGGCAUCACCCCUGGGUGGAGAUAAAGUGGAGCCACCCGGCUCUACUGUGUCUCAGCCUGGGGUUGGCCUCUGCUGCUUCUGGACUCAGUGACCCUGGACUGUCAGGGAGCUUCUGAGCCUUGGUUUUCCUGUCUAGUAAGAUGCAGAACGUGCUGGCUAAAGCCCUCUAUGACAACGUGGCCGAGUCCCCAGAUGAGCUGUCCUUCCGAAAGGGUGACAUCAUGACGGUGCUGGAGCAGGACACGCAGGGCCUGGACGGCUGGUGGCUCUGCUCGCUGCACGGGCGCCAGGGCAUUGUUCCUGGGAACCGCCUCAAGAUCUUGGUGGGCAUGUAUGAUAAGAAGCCAGCAGGGCCUGGCCCCGGCCCCCCCACCAUCCCGGCCCAGCCUCAGCCUGGCCUCCAUGCCCCGGCGCCUCCGGCCUCCCAGUACACGCCCAUGCUCCCCACCACCUACCAGCCCCAGCCUGACAGUGUCUACCUGGUGCCCACUCCCAGCAAGGCUCAGCAAGGCCUCUACCAAGCCCCGGGUCCCAGCCCUCAGUUCCAGUCGCCCCCAGCCAAGCAGACAUCCACCUUCUCGAAGCAGACGCCCCAUCACCAGUUUCCCAGCCCCGCCGCAGACCUGUAUCAAGUGCCCCCAGGGCCUGGAGGCCCCGCCCAGGACAUUUACCAGGUGCCGCCUUCUGCCGGGAUGGGGCAUGACAUCUACCAGGUCCCCCCAUCCAUGGACACACGCAGCUGGGAGGGCACAAAGCCCCCGGCAAAGGUGGUGGUGCCCACCCGUGUGGGGCAGGGCUACGUGUAUGAGGCCGCCCAGCCGGAGCAGGACGAGUACGACAUCCCGCGACACCUGCUGGCCCCGGGGUCACAGGACAUCUAUGAUGUGCCCCCGGUUCGGGGGCUGCUUCCCAGCCAGUAUGGCCAGGAGGUGUAUGACACGCCCCCCAUGGCUGUCAAGGGUCCCAAUGGCCGAGACCCGUUGCUGGAGGUGUAUGAUGUGCCCCCCAGCGUGGAGAAGGGCCUGCCACUGUCCAGCCACCACGCGGUCUAUGACGUUCCUCCAUCGGUGAGCAAGGACGUGCCUGAUGGCCCGCUGCUCCGUGAGGAGACCUAUGAUGUGCCCCCCGCCUUUGCCAAGACCAAGCCCUUUGACCCGGCCCGCACCCCACUGGUCCUGGCUGUGCCCCCUCCAGACUCCCCGCCGGCCGAGGACGUGUAUGACGUGCCGCCCCCGGCUCCUGACCUCUACGACGUGCCCCCUGGCUUGCGGCGGCCCGGCCCAGGCACCCUGUAUGAUGUGCCCCGUGAACGGGUGCUUCCUCCUGAGGUGGCUGAUGGUGGCACGGUUGACAACGGUGUGUAUGCGGUGCCUCCCCCAGCUGAACGUGAAGCCCCGGCAGAUGGCAAGCGCCUUUCGGCCUCCAGCACUGGCAGCACACGUAGCAGCCAGUCCGCAUCCUCCUUGGAGGUGGCAGGGCCGGGCCGGGAACCCCUGGAGCUGGAAGUUGCCGUGGAGGCCCUGGCACGGCUGCAGCAGGGUGUGAGCACCACCGUUGCCCACCUUCUGGACCUGGCAGGCAGCGCCGGUGGGACUGGGAGCUGGCGUAACCCCUCUGAGCCGCAGGAGCCGCUGGUGCAGGACCUGCAGGCUGCUGUGGCUGCCGUCCAGAGUGCCGUCCACGAGCUGUUGGAGUUUGCCCGCAGCGCCGUGGGCAAUGCUGCCCACACAUCUGACCGCGCCCUGCAUGCCAAGCUUAGCCGGCAACUACAGAAGAUGGAGGACGUGCACCAGACGCUAGUGGCACACGGUCAGGCCCUCGAUGCUGGCCGGGGAGGCCCUGGAGCCACCCCUGAGGACCUGGACCGGCUGGUGGCCUGCUCGCGGGCUGUGCCCGAGGACGCCAAGCAGCUGGCCUCCUUCCUGCACGGCAAUGCCUCGCUGCUCUUCAGACGGACCAAGGCCCCCGCUCUGGGGCCUGAGGGGGGUGGCACCCUGCACCCCAACCCCACUGACAAGACCAGCAGCAUCCAGUCACGGCCCCUGCCCUCACCCCCUAAGUUCACCUCCCAGGACUCACCGGAUGGGCAGUACGAGAACAGCGAGGGGGGCUGGAUGGAGGACUAUGACUACGUCCACCUGCAGGGGAAGGAGGAGUUUGAAAAGACCCAGAAGGAGCUGCUGGAAAAGGGCAGCAUCACGCGGCAGGGCAAGAGCCAGCUGGAGCUGCAGCAGCUGAAGCAAUUUGAACGACUGGAACAGGAGGUGUCGCGGCCCAUAGACCACGACUUGGCCAACUGGACACCAGCCCAACCCUUGGCCCCGGGGCGGACAGGUGGCCUGGGGCCCUCAGACCGGCAGCUGCUGCUCUUCUACCUGGAGCAGUGUGAGGCCAACCUGACCACACUGACCAAUGCCGUGGACGCCUUCUUCACCGCCGUGGCCACCAACCAGCCACCCAAGAUCUUUGUGGCGCACAGCAAAUUCGUCAUCCUUAGCGCCCACAAGCUGGUGUUCAUUGGGGACACACUGUCACGGCAGGCCAAGGCUGCUGACGUGCGCAGCCAGGUGACCCACUACAGCAACCUGCUGUGUAACCUCCUGCGUGGCAUCGUGGCCACCACCAAGGCCGCCGCCUUGCAGUACCCAUCACCUGCUGCUGCCCAGGACAUGGUGGAGAGGGUCAAGGAGCUGGGCCACAGCACCCAGCAGUUCCGCCGCGUCCUAGGCCAGCUGGCAGCCGCCUGAGGGCCGUGACCCCAGGAGGGAGGCGGGGGAGGGGCAUGGUGGUCCCAGUUCCCUGGCUCCCAUCUCAAGAGUCGCUGCGCCACAGGCUUAGAGACAGGACCCCAGCUCUGCCUCAGGCCUGGUACCCUUGAUGCCCAGGAAUCUGUAUAUAUUUAUGACUGGGCAGGGUGUGGGGCCAUGCCUCCCCAGGAGCCGAAGCCCAGGGGUCAGCCAGUGGCCUUCCCCAGCGUGCACCACGGGCCCGGGGCGGGUCACCAGGCAGGGUCUGGAGUGUGAGGGCCCCGCAGCCUCCAGGACCUCAUGCUGCCCCGAGGUCUGAGCCUGGCCCCGCGAGGGUGCCGUGUCCCCUGACAGGGCCAGUGCAGUUUGGUGUGUCCUCCGCCUUACCAGGAGAAGACCCUGAAGAACUAGAACUAUUUUUCAUUAUUGGUUUUCCAAUCAUUUGACUAAUAGUCUCCAUUUAAAUAAAGUUUUUAAAAUGAAGAGCAGCUGCCUGAGGGUGCCAGAUGAGAGCCUCCGGGGCAGGUGACGGUUCCAGGGAAGGCACCCAGGGGCAAGUGCCAUGCAUGGCAUCUCCCAGGAGGGCAGAGGAGUGGGUCUCUCCAGAAAAAAACUAAGGGACACUGAGGCUGGGUGUCUCCUGCAGGUGGGGUGAGGCCCUGGGAGCCAGGGCAGAGCCUGGGCCCAGAAGAGGAGUUGGGGUCAGUUUCGGAGCUACAAGGUCUGAGGCCCAGAAGGCACAGCCUGGGCGUGGCCCCCUCGAGCCCUAGGGAGCUGCCACAGCAGCGAGCACCUGCCCAUGCCCACAACUGGCAUCUGGAGCGAGGGCAGAUCGGGGCAGGAGCAGCUGCAGGAGGGGACGGGUUCCUGUGAGCUGAGGGCACCGUCAGGGGCUGCAUCUGGAACUCUGCUUAAAAGAAUCUCAUCCCAGCCUGUGGAACUCCCGAAGCACACGCGGAAUUACACGUGGAUCUGGCCUCCAAGUUGGGAGGGAGGGGCCUGGAGAAGACCUUUGCCCUGGGCAAGUGUGUGCCCCCCCGUGGCUCCCCCACCCAGCAGCCCGCAGCCUAGAUGGAAGCUCCAGGGUGCCUGGAACCCCUGGUGCUCCUCCCAGCCCUGACCAUUCUGCAUGUCAACAUGCGCCUUGGGUUCCCCAUCUGUAUGAAGAAGGGGGUAGUACUGGGUGAUGCUCAAACCCUCCUGAUCUUACCUCUACAGAGGGGUCCCCGUGACAGCAUCUGUCCCCUCAACUCAGCCACAUCAUGCUCAGCCCACCCUCCUUGGUGAGGACACAGAAGUAAAGGUGUAUGCAGUC